UUUCUUUUCAUUUUCCUUCAUUUGUCUUCACAAUUGUCUUAAUUUCUGCUGUUUUCCAUCACGGCCUCCUUCAUCUGCCUGAAAGACAUGCUGCACUGGUAGAUGCGACUUGUUAAGUCGUGGAUGGCUCCCGGCCACUCCGUCGCUGCUCUCUCUUUCUAGUUCUCGUCACGUUAAGCAUUAUGCUUGGGGACGCCGACUUGAAAGCCCUCGGUGGGAACCUCAAGUCCGUCUCAGAGGAGAGCCAGAAACACCACGAUGAUCUGCAGAGGCUCCUCGGCCAGUUCCAGUUCCUCCUCGACAGCUACAACCGCCUGAAAAGCGACUACGAGGAGGAGAAAGAGGGCCGAGAGAGAUACAAGAGAUUGGCGAAAACUCAGGAGCGGAAUCCAUUUGUACUUGUCCUGGUCGACGGCGAUGGCUAUCUGUUCAAGGACUACCUCAUCAAAUCCGGCCAUCAAGGCGGAACGAAAGCGGCGCAGCUACUAAACGAAUCAAUCAAAGACCUUGUCCACGAGCGACUCGGAACCCAGGCGGAUGAAUGUCGGAUCAUGGUGCGCAUAUACUCCAACAUCUUCGGGCUGUCAAAGUCGUUGGGCCGUCUUGGUCUUAUCGGAAAAGAAGCACGGUCCUUUUCAAUCUUUGCAGCGGGCUUCACUGCUGCUCAGGACCUGUUUGACUAUGUGGAUGCCGGGGACAAGAAGGAAGGGGCCGAUUAUAAAAUCCGAGAAAUGUUCCGUUUGUUUGCGGAUAACAACCAGUGCAAGCAUAUAUUCUUUGCUGGAUGCCACGAUACUGGCUAUCUGUCCUUGCUGACUCCUUACCGCGGCAAGACUGACCGUAUCACAUUGAUCAAGGCUGCGUCAUACCACCCUGAUUUCAGCAGCCUUGAAUUCGCUGUCCGGGAGCUUCCCUCCGUGUUCAUGUCAACACAGGUUGGCGGAAACCAUAUCCCAUCUCCUACUGUUCUGCCGGGUGCCAAGAUCUGCACCCAUUAUCAAAAGGGCAUCUGUAAAUACGGCAACCAGUGUACCAAAGUACACACAGGGCCAGGCCAACAGUUAUCGAAACCGGUAGUGGACAAGGCCUCGCCCGGAAUACCAUCUUAUUACACCAAGGAGCCCAGGUUCCCCACCCGAGACCUGGAAUUUUACAGCAAAACACUUCCCUAUAUGGAUACAAGGUCGCUGUCGUUUAUUGCAGUGAAUAAGGACGGAGAGCGUAUUGAUACAUACGUGCCCAUACCGUCGCAGGAUAGCCGGGAUACGUAUGCACGACUUUCCAAACCAUCCAGGCCGUGCAACUACUAUCACCUCGCGGGGGGUUGCGACACCGAGAAUUGCGAAUAUGGACACAGCCCGCUUGAUUCCGACUCGCUGAGCGUGAUGAAGUAUAUCCUGCGGCAAAAUGCUUGCCCGCAAGGUGCUCGCUGUCGAUCUCUAAAAUGCUAUCUUGGCCAUAUCUGCCAAAAGGAUGACUGCAGGGGUACUAAGCCUUGCAGAUUCAAACCCCAUGCGCACACGCUAGAUGUUAUGGUGGCGCGGUGGGAUGACCCGAUUGAACGCCUUACUGAGGACUCGCCAGAGAGCGAGGCAUCGGCAAAUUCACCCUCCAUCGACGACUCGGGGUCUGUCGAUGGGGUUGAAAGAGUGAGGAGGAGGGCCUGUUAAAACAAUUACGAACAAGUGGAUGAUAUAACCACUUGUUGCUGUGGAGUUUGUAUUAUGAUCAAUCUCCUUCAAUCGCUGAAAAUACGAACAGCCCUUUUGGAUUAAGGGAUGGGAGAGUAAACAACCAGACUACGUAUACGUUAUCAGUAUACGGAUUACAAAGGAAGCAAUGUCUGUCUACUGCAAGUCUCAAAUAAAAAGUCUAGCAAACUUAGGCAAUUGAACACCAGUUAUACUGUCAACCAGUGUAUUUUGUAACCGUGAAAUCUCUGAUCUAUUAUAUUACAGACAUCCGAAAAAAGUGAAAAGAAGAUGUACUAAAACCGCGUAUAGCUGGAGCGCUUUGGAGUCAACCGCAUCAUGAUGGCAUCUGUAUCCUGCUCUGUGCCUUCAGGCCCGCUGGACGGCGCAUUCCUGGC